CAAGGCUCGCGGCCUGCCACACUCGGAAGUUGAAUUAUUGAAAGUAGUUGACGUUUCCAGAACUUGAAGAUGGCGAGAGAUGCACAAAAAAGCCCAUCAUUUCAGCAGCAGAGAGUCAUAAUCCCGAACAAACAUGGCAAUAAACUAGUGGGCAUACUACAUGAAUCUGGAACCCAAGAGAUUGUUAUCCUAUGCCAUGGUCUUCGAGCUAACAAGGAAAACUUUAUCAUGACAAAUCUAGCUGCUGUUCUAGAGAAUGCAGGAAUUAGUUCUUUCCGCUUUGACUUUACUGGAAAUGGGGAAAGUGAAGGUUCAUUUGAGUUUGGUAGCUACUGGAGGGAAGCUGAGGAUAUACGUGCUGUAGCUCAACACUUUCAAGAAACAAACCGUACAGUUAUUGCAAUUGUUGGGCACAGUAAAGGAGCUAAUGCAGCGCUUCUUUAUGCAUCAAAAUAUCACGACAUUAAAACAAUUGUCAACCUAUCUGGCAGCCCUGAUUUGAGGAUAGGCCUUGAAUAUCGUUUUGGUAAAGAUUUUAUGGAAAGACUCAGGAAGGAAGGUUUCAUUGAGUUAAAGGCAGAGUCAGCAGGAGGUAUUGAUCAUCGUGUAACUGAAGAAAGUUUGAAGGAUCGGUUAAACAUAAUUAUGCUUGAAGAAUGCUUGCAUAUUGACAAAGAAUGCAGGGUCUUUACCGUUCAUGGUGGAACAGACACCAUAAUCCCGGUUGUAGCUGCAGUUGAGUUUGGUAAGGUUCUACCUAAUCACAAGUUACACAUCAUAGAAGGAGCUGAUCAUGUAUAUACUGAUCAUCAAGCUGAAUUAACGUCAUUUGUGGUGCAUGUUAUAAAGGAAACCUUGCAAAUGGACCUUCUUAAUGCCAGUUAGGUCCCUCAUGGACAUGCUUCAUGAUGCACUACUGUAUUUUGCAGCGUGGCACAUUUGAGGACUCUGCUCAAGGAGAUUUUUAGUUUUGUUCUUGGAAGACCUAUGAAAAAUAUUUUUUACUUUUAAUUUUUCUUAGUAUUCUUAAUAAUAAUAAUAAAUUUUAUGGGUAGAAAACAUGAUUAAUAAAAAAA